GUAUUUCGGAGGUCUAUUGAAGAAUGCGCGGUACACCCGCGCACGUGGAGAGUUUUCGGCAUGUUUCUAACCUGAAGGUUAGUCCGCAACUUGAAGGUCUGCGAGAACUUUCAGGAAUGAAUGUUCUGAAAGAAAUAGCCACCAUUAACUAAAAUGACACGAGUCUACUGUACAUAUUGUGAUAUGAGCUUUGGAAAGCCAUCUCGAUUGGAAGGACAUCUACGAAUUCACACUGGAGAGCGUCCAUAUACUUGUGAAUGUGGUAAAGCCUACACACGUAAACAGCAUUUAACUCGUCACAUUCCAAAAUGUGCAAAAUCUGUUCCGAAAAAUAAUUCAUCGGAAUUGCAAACCUCUGUCAAACGGCAGAGAACCUACUCUUGUCCACAAUGUUCUGCUGGGCCUUUUCAAAAAAAGAAAAUGGUAUGGGCUCAUAUGGCUAUUGUGCAUCGUGAAAGGAAACAUGUAUGCGGAAAAUGUGAUCGAGCCUUUCCAACUGCCUCAAAACUUGAACGUCAUUCUUCAAAGCAUCAUGGUUACACUUGUCAUCUAUGCGUGGAGCAAAUGUCUGCUGAUAUUGACACCGCUGAGACAAAUCCAUCAAAAGAUAUCCAUUUUGAAACUUUUUCUUCUUUAAGACGUCAUAUUGCCAAUGCACACCCGAAACCAUCUUUACAAUGUCCUACAUGCGGUAUGCGUUUUACAAGACCUAGUGCACUUUCAGCUCAUGAAGCUUCUCAUACUCCUGGUGGACCUGCAGUAAGACGACAAUUUAUCUGUUCUUUAUGUUCGCCUGGUGAUAUAGGCGAUUCACAAACAGAUAAUAUUGUUGCAUUUACCGCUAAAAGGAAUUUAGAUGCUCAUAUGCGUUCAGCACACGCUGACUUCAAGUUUCAAUGUACUUGGCGUGGAUGUCCUGUGAUACUGUCAACUAAACAAAAGUUAAAUGAACAUAUGGAACGUCAUCAAGCUGGUAAAUCAGUUGCUUUUAAAAGUCGGCAUAAACAUAGUUCUCUUAAGUCAAUAAAAGUGUUAGACAACAGUGUACAAAAGAAGAAUAAUGAAAGUGAUGACAGUUGUUGGGAAACAGCAAGUCAAAAUAGUAUUAUAGCCUUGUUAACUGACCAUAUUGAUUGUACAGCUAAUUAAUUCUACUUGUAGUGUUUGUAGUGUUGUUGGAAAAUCAUCUUUCUCAUUCAGUUGGCCUUUCCAAAGAUAAAUUGUGUUUUUUUAAACUGUAUGUUAAAACUCACAUCUGUAAAUACAUGUAAAUAUACUUUUAGAUAUCU